AAAAGUCGAGUCCAGGAAGCCAUCCACGCAGUUCCCACUCUUACUUUUUCUUAGCCUACUGCCUGACUGGCUCAAGCGUUGGUGAAGCCACGGACGGACUUAUUUAUCAGGGCGGCCUUAGACCACAUGACAUCCCAAAUUCGGGUAAUUGAUUGGUUGUCCGUCUGACCAAUCACCUUGCGACGCCAUUCGCCAUUUUAAGAUGGGGCAAGCUGCACGGCAGUGGAACUGAGUGAAGCCCCUACAGGCCUUCCUAGUUGAGGGCGGAAGUGUCGUUGCGAGGUUCCGUCUGCGACCGAAGAGUCCGGACUCGUGAGAGAGCGACGCUCAUCAUGCUUCGUCGGGAGGCUCGCCUACGCCGCGAGUACUUGUACCGUAAGGCCCGGGAGGAGGCGCAGCGAUCCGUUCAGGAGAAGAAGGAGCGAGUCAAGCGUGCUCUAGAAGAAAACCAGCUGAUUCCCACCGAGUUACGCCGGGAGGCUCUCGCAUUACAGGGGUCCUUGGAGUUUGAUGAUGCUGGUGGUGAAGGUGUAACCAGCCAUGUGGAUGACGAGUAUCGAUGGGCUGGGGUUGAGGACCCUAAGGUCAUGAUCACUACCUCCCGAGACCCCAGUUCUCGCCUGAAAAUGUUUGCAAAGGAACUGAAGCUGGUGUUCCCAGGUGCCCAGCGCAUGAACCGAGGUCGGCAUGAGGUUGGAGCGCUGGUUCGAGCUUGCAAAGCGAAUGGGGUCACCGACCUGUUGGUUGUCCAUGAGCACCGAGGCACACCUGUGGGACUCAUUGUCAGCCAUCUGCCCUUCGGUCCUACUGCCUACUUCACACUGUGUAACGUGGUCAUGCGGCACGACAUCCCUGACCUGGGCACCAUGUCAGAGGCUAAGCCCCACCUCAUCACUCAUGGCUUUUCCUCUCGACUGGGCAAGCGGGUGUCUGACAUCCUUCGCUACCUAUUCCCUGUGCCAAAAGACGACAGCCAUCGGGUUAUCACCUUUGCCAACCAGGAUGACUACAUCUCAUUCCGGCACCAUGUCUUCAAGAAGACAGACCAUCGAAAUGUGGAGCUGACUGAGGUCGGGCCUCGAUUUGAGCUCAAGUUGUACAUGAUUCGCCUGGGCACACUGGAGCAGGAGGCUACCACAGAUGUAGAGUGGCGCUGGCAUCCGUAUACCAACACAGCCCGCAAGAGGGUAUUUCUGAGUGCUGAGUGAGCUGAGCCGCCAGCCAGUUGGGACUGACUUGUCACGGACAGAUUGACAGGAAGGAUCUAAGUCAAGUCUCUGUCCUCAUCCUACCAGCUGCCUCUAACUGGUUACAGUGGGUCUACUGUCCAGACAGACCUGAAAGAUGAAGCCCACAAAGCGUCUGUGGGGUGAGGAUCUAAUGCCUCCGGACUAUGAAUUCACCCUCAGGCUGGGGCAGGGGUACAGAUCUGCACUGGAAAAUGAAUGGUUACCUUCUUGGGAGUUAGGCCCUGUGAGCACUUUUUCCUGUGCUUUAGGGUCAGUCUUUGUCACCAGCAACAAACCAUUCAAGAGCCGGCCUAACUUGUCGCUUCAACUCUGCCAAGCAGGUGCACCCUCCUCUAACUGCGAGCUUCUCCACUCAGCCUCUUUGCUCGCCAAGAUAACGACUCUGAAACUUGAUGUUUCAUGAAUAAAUUCCUAGGCCAAUAGCUAGUGCCUGUUCCCUGCCUCGCUCAUAACUCGGUUACCUGUUUUACUUUAUGAGUGCCAUAUGGCUGGUUACCGUCUCUGUUUUAUGCAACCAUCUCCUGUGCCUCAGACUUUUCCAGAAUGGGAUGUCCUGCCUCCUAUUUCUUAGCUCAUUGGCCAUAAGCUUUUUUAUUGACAGGUGAUAUUUCCAUACAGAACACAAGAGAUUCUCUCUGCACCCUCCCUCUUUCACAUGAGACAGAGUGACACCCACAACCUGCCUACCAUACCUCUAACUCUUGUAGCUGUAUGGCCUAUCAACAGCACAGAGGGAGAGCUAGUGCUGCCCAGGGAGUUGCCUCAAGAGUCUGUGCUACAGCCUCUCUCAACCUACUGCCCUCUCUGUACCCAAAUCCCUGUACUUCCCCAAGGGCCCUGGGUUUAUAUGAAAUGGUUGUCAAGACCCUGCAAAUGCUCUAGAGCUGGCAGAGAAUGCUGGUGAUGAGACCCAUCACAGUUAGGAGGAGGCCUCUGAGGAAGCAUGUCAAACAGGAUAAGGGAGACGUCUGCAUGCUAUUAUGAAAACUGAACAACAGAGAGAAAAGAAGCCGUCUGGAUGACAUGCAAGGGCCUUGAGGUCCAGUAAGAAGUGAAAGGGAGCCAUAGGACCCACUUAGGCCAGUGCUCUGCAAUGGUGGGAUCACAACUCCAGCUCAUGAAUCCAGUUGUCCAAACAAGGCCUCUGGGACUCUCCCAUAGCUUUGUGGUGUGUGCGGGUGGGCAUGCAUUGAAAUUUCAAAAUACAAGUAAGAUCAUGUGAUCUCC